ACAGGGUAGAUAUGAAUUUAAAUGUUAAUCUUGAAUUGGUAAAAUAUGAAGCCUAAAACGAUGAUUGAAUUUUAAAGGUUUGAAUAAAUUAUCCGAACAUGACUGAAGUUUCUUGUUUGAAUUGGUUUGAUUUAAUCAUGCCAUUUUGGUUCAAUGACCACUUCUAAUAACAAGAGUGUAAGAAAAACCUCCUAAGUUUUGUUUCUACAGAGAUGAAAAUGUUAUUAAAACCCUCAACUGCGUAAAUCUCAGCCAAUAGGACUCAGCAGAAGUCUUCAACAGCUAGCAGAGAAUCUAGGUGCUUUUUGUUUGAUUAAAGCACAUGCAAAUGCACAUGACAUGAGUAAAUAAAAGUGAGACACAAGACAUUAGCUGGAACCAUAGCAACUGAUGUCUCACACAAACUCAAUCUCGACAGUGACACAUGUUUACUUUAUUCUUUUAGACCUUAUCAUCACUUUCACAACCAAUAUUUCACUCCAAAAUAUCAACCAACCCUUCUCUUUCUGCACUAUUACUGUACCUUCAUUCAAAUUUCUAUAAGUUUUCAAACUCAAUUUACAGAUUGAAAUUACUUCCAAGAAUAUAUGUACAUAUGGUACGUCUCUGCCAUAACAAUUGAAAAUGAUUCGUUAUAAUAACCUCAGCUCGAAAUGGUAAGUUUACCCCUUAUGUAAUGUAGGGACAAUUUAUGCAGUAGAACUAUACACUCUUUUACCAUGGAAUGUUCACUGUUGACUUGUAUCAAAAUAGCCAUUAAAUCAAAUUCUUGAUAAAUUAUUAGACAUACUAAUGGAAAAUUACGUUACUACGAUGAACGUGUGAAACUAAGAAGAAAAAACUCAAAGGGGAAGAGGUAGCUAGCAAAAAUUUGAGUCAAAAUAUAUUGGGACUGCUUUUGUAAUAACGUUGGCUUUUUAAAGCAGCAACAGUACUACCAAAUGCAACUUUGAUUAUUCAAGAGAAGGUGGUUGAAAACACUGCUCCACUAACAGGGUCUUAGAUCACCAAAUAUGCUUAACAACCACAUAUCAUUAACAACUCCAAGGUAUUGCUACAGUGAUGAUGCUCAUAACUACCAUGCACUUGGCUUCUCUUGUGAGAGCACUAAAUGUAAAUUACUAUGAAAAUACGUGCCCUCAUGUGGACUCCAUUGUAGCUGCUUCUGUUCACAAAGCAACCAUGAAUGACAAAACUGUUCCAGCAGCUCUCCUUCGGAUGCAUUUUCACGAUUGCUUCAUAAGGGGUUGUGAUGCCUCUGUUCUUCUGGAAUCAAAGGGGAAGACCAUAGCAGAAAAGGAUGGACCUCCUAACAUUUCAUUGCAUGCAUUUUAUGUCAUUGACAAUGCUAAGAAAGCACUUGAAGAAGUAUGCCCCGGAGUGGUAUCUUGUGCUGAUAUUUUGGCUCUUGCUGCUAGGGAUGCUGUUACUCUGUCCGGUGGCCCUAAUUGGGAUGUUCCAAAAGGAAGAAAGGAUGGAAGGAUAUCAAUGGCCACUGAAACCAGACAAUUGCCAGCUCCUACAUUCAACAUCUCCCAAUUACAGCAAAGCUUCUCUCAAAGAGGCCUUUCCUUGGAGGAUCUUGUAGCCCUCUCAGGAGGUCACACACUAGGAUUUGCUCACUGUUCAUCCUUUCAGAACAGAAUCCAUAGAUUCAGCCCAAAGCAAGACAUUGACCCUUCCAUGAAGGCUUCAUUUGGAAGCAGGCUGAGAAGCAUAUGCCCCUCUCAUAACAAGGUGAAAAAUGCAGGAAGCUCGUUGGAUUCUAGUUCAACCUUGUUUGACAAUGCUUAUUACAAGCUGCUCCUUCAAGGAGAGAGCAUAUUCUCUUCUGAUGAAGCUCUGCUAACUCACCCCACCACUAAAGCUUUGGUUUCCAAGUUUGCUUAUUCUCAAGAGGAAUUUGAAAGGGCCUUCGUCAAGUCCAUGAUCAAGAUGAGCAGCAUCACCAACGCUGAACAACAACAAAUCAGGCUCGAUUGUAAAUUCGUUAGAUGAUUCAUAGUUCGUAUUGAAUCAAAUGAGUUUGUGCUGUUACAAUGGUCUUUUUACUUGUGUACUGACACCAUUUUUCUAGCAGAAGAAAUAAAUGUCAAACUGAGGAAAUAUGUUUAUGGUAAUCCAUGACUAGUGGCCGAAGCAAGUAUUCAAAAUUUCUUUGAAUUUUCAGUCUUUAUUUUGAUGUUGUGGGCUUUCUAACUGAUCCCAUGAAUUUUGUUUGUCAUCUGCUAAUACUACAAGGAUAAUAGUUCAAAUUCUGACUUUUUUCAGGAGUUUAUUUUUUAUUUUCUAAAAUAAUAUUGAAGUUGUUUUUUA